AAAACAAAUGCGAGAGAGCAAGUCUUGUGUUUUUAUUAUCGCAAUCAAACACUUGUCUGCCAAAGUCAACGUCUCUCUCUCUCCAAAACUUGCCCAUUUUUUACAUUUCUGCAAUCAAAUGAGCUUCAACAACCAAGCAGAACUCCUUUAUACUAGGAAUAACAAGUAAUCAAUCGUUUUAUUUGAAAGAAUAAAAUAAAUGGGCAACGGCGUGGGGAAGCUGACGGUGUGCUUCACCGGAGCGGGACCCACCGCCGACCGUAGGAGGAAGGAGAUGGCUUCCGGCAUGGUCAUAUCCGACGAUCUGGGGCAUUCCUUCUGCUACAUACGCCCCGAAUUGGCCCGCCUCUCCUCCUCCAAGGUCCACUCCGACUCCGACACCACCACUUUUAAGUCCAUCUCCGGCGCCGCCGUCAGCGCCAACACCUCCACGCCUCUCUCCACCUCUCUCCUCGACGUCUACUCCUACAACAGCAUCGACCGCGCCUCCGCCUUCGAGGGCUCCACCUCCUUCGCCUCCAUCCCUCUCCAGCCCAUUCCCCGAAACCCCUCCACCCACUCCGGCCCCUUCUUCCCCGUCGAGAGGGGAUUCAUGUCCGGCCCGAUUGAGCGGGCCUUCAUGUCCGGCCCCCUCGACAAGCCCUCCUCCGAUCAGUUCCAGCGGAGCUACUCCCACGCUGGAUUCGCCCUGCGCUCUAGAUCCAGGAAGGUCUCCCUGCUUCGGGCCCUUCGCCGGGCCUUCUCCAAGGGGAUUUCUCGUGGCCACAACUCUAUUGUCGCGCCGAUCAAGGCGAUGCGGGAAAGCGAUUGGGUUGUGGGCGCGGAGAAGCAGAACGAGCUCACCGUUAAUAGCAGUCUCAAUUUCAGCAGUGAAUGCAGCUUAGAUGAUGACGAUUCAAUGGAAACUCAGAAUUUGCAGUGGGCUCAGGGCAAAGCCGGAGAGGAUCGAGUUCAUGUCGUCGUCUCCGAGGAGCAUGGAUGGAUGUUCGUCGGGAUUUAUGACGGAUUCAACGGCCCCGAUGCACCCGACUAUUUGCUCUCCAAUUUGUAUGCUGCUGUGCAUAAGGAGCUCAAGGGCUUACUCUGGGAUGAUAAUAAUACUAAUAGUAAUAAUAGUAACAACCCUGAUUCCUCAUUGAUAACCGAUGAUCCGACAGAGGAUCCGAAUGAACAAGUCUCAAGAGAUAGGACUAAAGAUGGAUGCUCAAGAUGUGUGGGGCAAGAAAGCUACCCUAGUGCAGAUGGUGAUGUGGUUGGGGACUUGUGUUAUAAGAGAAAGAGGGGCAGGAAUUCGAGACACAAGUACCGUGGGGCAGCCAGGAAAUGGGAGGAGUAUCAGAGGGCGUGGAGGUGUGAAUGGGAUAGGGAAAGGUUGGAGCUUGAUAGGAGGUUGAAGGAGCAGCUGAGGUCGAAAGCAGCUGGGGCGGCUAACCAUGCUGAUGUGCUCAAGGCUCUAUCUCAAGCCCUCAAGAACACUGAGGAGUCCUACUUGGAUAUUGCUGAUAAGAUGUUGAUGGAGAAUCCUGAGCUGGCUUUGAUGGGCUCUUGUGUUCUUGUGAUGUUGAUGAAGGGGGAUGAUGUGUACGUGAUGAAUGUGGGCGAUAGCCGGGCUGUUCUGGCUAGGAAGAAACAGCCUGAUCUUUGGAGCCAGGAUUUGGAAAGGAUUAAUGAAGAAACACUAUAUGAUCUUCAGGAUUUUGAUGAUGAUGAUGAUGAUAUGACUAACCCUCAACCUAGCUUAACUGCUUUGCAGCUCACCAUGGACCAUAGCACCUCUGUUGAUGAGGAGGUUGAAAGAAUUAGGAAGGAACAUCCUGAUGAUGCUUCUGCUGUGAUGAACGAGCGUGUUAAAGGUUCAUUGAAGGUCACUCGAGCUUUUGGUGCCGGCUUUCUCAAACAGCCCAAGUGGAACAAUGCGCUUCUUGAGAUGUUUAGAAUCGACUUUGUUGGAGAGUCCCCGUACUUAAACUGCUUGCCAUCACUCUACCAUCACCACUUAGGGGCGACGGACAGGUUCCUCAUACUCUCUUCGGAUGGCCUUUAUCAGUACUUCACAAACGAAGAGGCUGUAGCUGAAGUCGAGCUUUUCAUUUCUUGGGCACCAGAUGGCGAUCCUGCACAGCAUCUCGUUGAGGAAUUGCUAUUCCGAGCAGCAAAAAGAGCUGGCAUGGAUUUCCAUGAGCUACUGGAAAUACCACAAGGGGAUCGGCGGCGCUACCACGACGAUGUUUCGAUAAUAGUAAUUUCUUUGGAGGGAAGGAUAUGGAGAUCAUGUGCAUAAGUUAGGAAAAUUUCUUAAGUAGAAUAAUAUGCUCUUUAUUCUCAAAGUCGUCAUCCAGGUACCCAAUUUUGUUCACUUUUCUAUGCCUAAUCACCUUUCUGUAUUAACAACUAAGCUCUGAGAAUUAAACAAGAACUUAGUUGUUCUUUUUGGUUGGGGUGGUGCUGUUUGUAAAGGUUAAAUAAUCAUCCUCUGUCAUAGAUAAUUGUAAUCUUUCAAAUAAAUGCAAAGGGAUUCUUUUGUUCA